CCCGUAGAGCCCGUCACGCCCGCAAGUUCCUGCAAAGAAAUAUACGACCACGACAGGUAAGGAACGAACGAUCGUUAAAUUUGUGCCUGAGCGAGGGUGGGUAGCAAACAAACAUAUCGUGAAAAUCCUUCUACAAGAAAAAUGCGCGAGAGAAAAAAAAGUUAUAAAAAGCCAGAAAAAAAAAAAGAACAAAAAACAAAGAAAGAAAGAAAAAAAAAACAUGCAUGCAAAAUUUGAACGCAGAAUAAUUUAUGCAAGUUGUAGCCCCCUCAGGCUCUGUGGUUAUCUGAUGACCCUCCCUUUUAUACUCUGAUAGCGUAGACUGACCACCCCCUCCCUCGGUUUCCCUUUAAAAACCUUGUGUUCCGCCCUAACUCUCCGACAUUCCCCCCCCGGCCCACCUUCUCUUUCCCCCUUCCAACCUGGCGCUGACUAUUGACUGUUCUCAGGAAAGAAAGAUGAAUAAAUUAUGCACUAUUAUGUCUCAGAGAGUUCCCGUUUUUAUCUAGGGAUUUAUAUUUUUCCUAAUCGAUACCGGGAAUUGUGUGAGUGAUUCAAGAGAAUAUAAGGUAGACUGGAUUUGUUGGUUUGUUUUCUGAUAUCGUGAUAGCGCGGGUCUGAGCUCCUGUUUGGCUGCACAUGUAACAAGCCCUCACCCGUUGUAAAUCUUAAGACGUCUCCGUCCUAUUAACCCUGAUUUAGUAUUCCUAUUGACCGCAAUAGCGCCAAGCCAAGAAAAAACUUCUCCGGACGUAUUCUUUACGAUGUCACGCAGCGCUGCUUCUUUUUUGCGUUGCGUGACAUUCCAAAGAACUACCGCGUAGGAUUCAAAGAACAUAACACACUGAUACUCUCUUAUUAGUGCCAGCCCAAACAAAGCGUAUAACCUCAAGCUAGGCGAUGAAGAUGUGUCUGUGUACUGUUCCAUGAGUGGGGAGCUUGGAGACUGCGGUGGUGGGGGAUGGACGCUGGUCAUGAAGAUUGACGGUGCAAAGGUACAGUGAACCCCUAUAAACUGGACACCCUUGGGACCGUAGUUUCUCAAGAAUGUCGAAUGAAAACUUUGAUUCGUUUCUCUCACUCCUGUUUGCUUCCCAUUGUCUCUUUUAAGUCAGUGAAUAUUUUAUAGAUCAUAUUAAAGGGCCACGCUCAACCAGCAUGCAAUACGGGCGUAGUGGACACUCUCAGUAUUUUCUGGCGCGAGUUUGAUGAAGCACUCAUAUAGCGAAGUGAAGCAAAACUGGGGCAAUCCAGAUUACUUUAGACACUAACUUGAAAAUUACCUCAUCUUGCAGCUCAACUUCAAGUACGAUUCAAAAGCGUGGUCUUCCAGGUCUUCAGUGUCUCCCGAAAAUGGAGACACGGGGUUGGAUAACUUGGAGACCUUGUUACCAACGUACUGGAGCACGUCCUUUACCAAGAUCUGUCUCGGCAUGAAGGUCGAUGGAGUAACUAGGUUCUUGCGAGUGAAUAGGGCAGCAGACUCACUGUAUACCCUCAUUGCUGAUGGCCAGUACCGUGCAACCUCGCUGGGUCGUGAUGCAUGGAAGGGACUGAUUGGUCCCAAAGCCUCCCUCCAGCGCAACUGUAAUCGAGAAGGGUUCAAUACGCAGGGAACUUCAAAAGCUCAUGCUAAGAUGCGAAUUGGUAUCAUCGCUAACGAGCAAAAUGAAUGUAAUUCCCCUGAUUCCAGAAUCGGGUUUGGUGGAUGGGGAGCGGUAGCCGAAGUCUCGUGUGGAAACGUAGCCAGGCACGGCGGGGACAACGGAGACCAAACCAUUAAAGCCUUCGGAUACAUCUUCGUUCAGUAA